UGCGUGAUGAGUUCGUUCAUAGCGAGAAGACGUGCUGAGAGGAUUGUGACUAAAUAUUUGGUGAUGCCUUAAUUCUAUUGGUUGUCUUAACCGACAUGGCUUUUCUUCCGGUCUGUCUGUGUUUAUCUCUGCUCUAUAUUCUUAAUGGUUGUUCAGCAUUGAACAGUAAAGAUAUUUAUAAUUUUGAUGAGUCAUUAACUAAUGAGCAAUUACAGAUACAAAAUGUUGUAUCAGAAACGAGAUCACAGCGAAGCGCAGAGCAAGCGGUUAUUACUACCAAUGAAACUAUAGUGGAUGAUCAUAAUUAUUACACAUCACGUUACAUUACUCAAUCAGAAGAAGCUAUGUCCUACUGGGUAGACUUUGAUCUCUUAAACCAACCAAUCACACCGCAGCAACUAGCAACAAAUCAUAGACAGGCUGUGCCUGCCCAACUAACUUUCAACUUCCCAUUUUAUGGACAUCAUGUUAAAAAUGUUCUAAUCACAACAGGAGGGUUUGUAUAUAUGGGUGACUAUUAUCACAAAUACUUGGCAGCAACGCAGUACAUUGCUCCGUUGAUGGCGAACUUUGACCCUAGUAUCCAUGAAAACUCAACAAUAAGAUAUGGUGAUAAUGGUACGAGAUUUACGGUUGAGUGGAAUCAGGUGCAUCUCAAGGAGAGGCCUACAGUUGGAAAUUUCACAUUUCAAGUGUCAUUAUUGAGUGAUGGAAGAAUCAUCUUUGUUUAUAGGAAGCUUGCUGUUUCAGGUUCUGAAAUACCUUCAAAAAGCCAUCCUGUAAGGAUUGGCAUUACAGAUGCCUACUACAACGACACCACGAUUAAUUCAUUUUUGAAGAAGCGAACUAUCUAUGAAUACCACAGAGUUGACCUCAACUUACAACAGUUACAGGAGGGAACUGCGUUUCAUUUGACGCCGAAGAUAACAUGCAACAUGUUUACAACUUGCGAGGAAUGUACGCAGUCGUAUAUAAACUUUACCUGUACGUGGUGUGAGGUGGUAGGGCGAUGUUCUAAUGGUUUUGACCGUUACCGUCAAGAAUGGUACGAUAAUGGAUGUUCUAAAAAUUCAAACUUUAUCAACCUCUUGCACCAGUGUCCCUCCUCAAGAGUAAUGUCAACUCCAAAGUUCAUCAAACCGACCCUUAAAACAAUUUUGAGCUGCAAUAACAAUCUAUGUGCAGCUAACGCCAAAUGCCGUCAGCUUGCUAACGAUAUCAAGUGCAUAUGUCCCACAGGAUAUGCUGGAAAAUACUGUAAAAAAUUCACUGGUUCAGGUAAUGAGGGCGAUACACCCCAGUCUAAAAAACAAGGCACAAGGAACCAGGAAAACCACCGUACUGUAGGGAUCUGGGCGUUGGUGUUCAUUGCCUUCACAGUAAUCUUUGCUUUCUCUGUGUGGAUUGUGUAUGCCUACCGACACCCCACCUCCAAGUCUGGCAUCAUGUUGAUAGAGAUUAGGCAUUUGAAGUGUAAGAAGCGAGAACCAUCAAUCGGAGUAAAAUAUCAUCAUCCAGACGAGGAGAUCGGUGAAAUUUAAAAAUGUAUAAAGAAACCAAUAACCAAUAAGUUUUUUGUUAAUAGUUUGGCUACGCUGGUUUUGUAAAAAAAAAAAACAACUUUUUUUAUUGGCUGAAAAAACAAUAUACACUGGUUUUCAAUAUCUGUUUUUAACCUGAUUGUAUCAAAAUGGAUAUUAAAUUUUAUUAGAUCAAGGGCCUGUUAUGAGUUAGUGUGAGUUCCCUGUCGGUUAUCAGGGUAAAAAUCAAUUGAAUGUUAAAUAAAAUAGUAGCUUAUAUAUUUUACUCUCAUAGAAUGGGGUUAGAGUAUUAUGAGAUUUAUAUAGUGUAAAUUCCUAAAUUUGUUGCUCUUUAGAAUACUUUUAUUGAGGAAGAUUUAAAUAAAUUAUUACCGUAUUUAAUCGAAUAAAUGCCCCAGGGCGUUUAAGGUUGAGAACGAUUUUUGAGGGAGCUCUUUAAUCGAGAGAAGCCUUUAUUUUUUUUUAGUGUAAAAUGGAUAUGUAUAUGCUCGAAUAAACGCCCCUUAAUUCAACUGUUAAUGUGGAACUACAGCACCCAGUUACUGUGAAAAUGACUUACUGUUUCAAACAGGUUAGAAAAUAUAUAAUUUUACUGGAGUAGAACAUUAAUAGAAUGUGUUGAGUACGAUUUUUGCUUCCAUUAUAUUUGUUGACAGUCAUUUAGGAGGCAUUUAUUCGAGGAAGAAAAGUAAAUGCCCUGGGUGUUUAUUCGAGGAAGCAUUUAUUCCAAAUGAGGCACUGAGGUGGGGGUGGGGAGGGGGAAUUUAUUUGAAUUAAUACGCUAUUUAGAUUUUCACGUUAUGGAAUGCUUGAGAUUAAAUUGAGUAAUUUUGCCUCAUAUGCAGCAGGUGCGUUUCGUACUGCGAGCUGUUCACACGUUUUAUCCAGUCUCUUUGCAAUAGAAAUUGUAUUUUCCAUGUGCCUUGUAUAUUGUCAGUUAAUAGGCAGAGCAAAUAAAGGUUAAUCAGGAUAUAAAUGAAUGUGUGGAGGUGAGGAUGCACUUGGUGUGUGUGUGAGGGAUGGGGAGUGUUUGUGUGUGUGAGGUGUGGAUGUGUUUGUGUGUGGAAGGGGUGAGGUGAGGAUGGAGAUUCACUUAUGUAAGUGUGUGCUGAGGUAUCAAUGAGGGUGUAUUUGUAUGUAUAAGGCUAAGGAUGCAUUUAUGUAUGUAUGUUGGGAUAAUGAUGCAUGGAUGGGGAUGCACAUAUGUUUUAAAGGCCUGAGAAUGCACCCUGCAUGCAUGUGGGGGUCGGGUGAACAUGCACUUUUCUGUGUAUGUGGAGGGGUUUGUACUCUGUGGAUUUGUGGGGUUGGGCAUUCACUUUUCUGUGUAUGUGUGUAAGGGUUUGUAUACACAUGUAGAUUCAUGUGUAGUGUGUUUAAUGCAAUUAUAUCUGAUCAGAUGGAAAUGUGUAAUUGGACAUGUCUGAUGGAUGGUGAUUCUAGAUGAAUACUUGUAUAUAUAUACAUAUAUAUAUAUUGUUUGAGAAAUAUUUUUUUCUUGUUUUAUAGUAUAUGCUGCUGUUCAGGUUUGUAAAACUGGUUCAAUUUUUUAAAUUACAUCUUCAUUUUGUAUCCACACUUUUACUAGUUUCAGUGAAUAAUCAAUUAUAAAUAGAAGUUGUACUUAUCAACUUAACAAGUCUUGCCUAACAUUUUGUUUGUCUUUCUAGAGCUGAAUAUGAACAAAAAAUUGUUUAAAUUACACUUAUUCUUUGCAGUUAUAGACAGAUGUUUACUAUGUUUUUCUACUUGAUUCUGAGUGCAUAAAAUAUUAGAAGUGUUUGUGAAUUUAUACACAUUUCUUUGGAAUUCCUCUCUGGUGAAAUGUUAAUGGAAUGCCACAUCACAUCAAUCGGAUGUCAUAAUAGAAAGCAAUAAACAGAUUUGUGUCAGUCAAGCAUGUUAAAGAGAAAUAUAGACGAGUACAUACACUGUUGUAAAAAAAAAAAAAAAAACCGCUUGAAAAUUAAGUUAAAACAUUUAGUUGGUUAACAUUUCAGUCUGUGUGAUCUUCAAACUACUGAACUACUGAACUACUACUACUUAAGUUUAAUAUUAGAAUUAAUUAAAAUUUUAAUAAGUUUAUUUCUAAGUGCUUAUUAAUAUUGAUUUAUUACAUAUUAAUAUGUAAUUAAUAUUAAUUACAUAUUCCUUUUUUUACAGUCCUAACUUUAAUUCCAUUGAACUAAUUACAAUUUUUAUAGAUUAUUUUAUCGUAAUUUUACUGCAUAUUUAUUUUUUUUUUAAACAACUAGACUGUACAAAAUUAAUUUUUGCAAUUGGACACGCACUUUUAAGAGACUGGUAAUUUAUGCAAAUUUAUUCAAGCUCACCAAUUAGCAAAAUAGUUGGAAAUUAGGCAGUGGCUAUUAUUACGUCAGUUUUAAAAGAAUUCCUAACUGGUUAAAUUGUUGCACGCACUUCUAAGAGAUUGAUAAUUUAUGCAAAUUUUUUCAAGCUCACCAAUUAGCAAAAUAGUUGAAAAUUAGGUAGUGGCUAUUAUUACGAAUAAUACAGAUUAAAUUGUUAUUGUAUCAUAUUUGAUUAAGACAUCAUCAUCAUCAUUAAAUCAGAAUAAAGAAUUCGUAUUCACUGGUACAGUAUAACAAUAGCCACUGAGUUUAAAAUAUUAAUAAGGAAUUUGAUAUUAUGUAAUUUGUGGUUUAAGGGAAUAAAGUGCUCAGUAAAUGAAAGUGUGAUGCAAGAUCAAAGAAUCAUUUUGAAGAAUGCAUGCAUUUGAAGUUUGAAGGUUUAAAUUGAGGUGUUAAGUAUUAUUAUUCGAAGUCUAAGCACAUGUUCAAGUAACAAUUUUAACAUUUGCAACAAAGCAAUAAAAAACUAAUGCACCUUCCAGCUAAGCUGGAUAUUGUUGCUAAGGACCCGCUAAACGACAGGAAUUAAAAUCAAAAUACGCAAACACGCAUGCGUUUGGGACAACACGUGUGCUUGCUAGACACGCGCGUAUUGCUGGCCCUGUUCUGAUUGGUUGGUUGUUAAGUUUUACACUCCGCCGUGGCCGGGAAGGUUCAUUAACGCAUCUGUCGGUUUUCAGGAUAAGAUGAAGCUUUAACGUUAAAUAUUCGUAAUGUAAAUGGCAAUUUAUUGUGUGUGUAUGUUGAUAAGAUAAUGUCAUUGUUCUUAAUUGUCUUCCUCAUGUUUCUGAUAAUAAACCAGCUUAAAAUCAA